AUGGAUCCUCCUCCUCCUGUCAACCCUCCUUUCUACUAUGGUUCUGAGCCCCAAUAUCUCCACCAACCCGAAAUGUCAUCAAACGCCGACCCUGCUGCCCCUCCUAUGAAAGCUACCCCCUCGAGUAGUGGGAGCUUUAGUGAUGAUGCAGGAUACUUUGACUACAGAUCUACCCCAGAUCAAUUGGGAGGGAUGAAUAGUUCGAUGAUCCCGAUUGAAUCAGGAUGGUCUACUCAACACAACGCUUGGUCAAAGAUGGAAGACACGCAUUCCUUUUCCUCGUCAUACGAUGUUGAUGUCCCCAAAGAGCAGUUGGCCAUCCCGGAUAUGUUUUGGCAGCCAUCUGGUUCUAUGGGGAUACCUGAUCAGACGGGCAACACCAAAAAAGAAGUGCCUUUCCAAGAAUUUGAGCCACAGCUCCCCAUGGAAGAUUUCAGCUAUUCAUCUUGGGCCUCCUAUCCAUGGAAUUCACACAACAAUCCAGACCCAUGGGCGGACUCAUAUGGGAUUGGCACAGACUACGAUUAUUCCAAUGCAGGAUAUUAUGACUCGCGGUCGAAUAUUUCGAGACAACAUGCCUACAACCAGGAGGCUGAGCCAUUGAUGACUGAACUAUUGCCCGCAGAUUAUCUCCAGCAGCCUCAUUUGAGCCAGCCCAUCCAGUCAUCCCCUGUUGCAGCUGGAGUUACAACUCAUAUUCCUACCGUCCCAGCUUUCCCAAUCACUACCAAUCCAGAGGCUCCAAGCAUUUCAAAUAUCUCGGGCUACCAAAGCACUACCUUCCAUGUCUGUGAUGGAAAUCCAGGAACCAAUACCUCAUUGAUCAACCCAGUCCACCCGGAUAACAACAUCAUCAACAACAUGACUAGCAACCUGCAGCCUGUAACCCAGAUGUCUGUCACCUCAUUGUCGUACCCGCAGCCUCAAUUCACCGCUCCAAAUCCCAUCAACACAAACCUCCAAUCUGAUGAUGCACGGAACAGCCUCCUCGUUGAGUGGAAGCGCAGUGGGCUAUCCUACAAGGAUAUCAAGCGCCUUGGAAAGUUCAAAGAAGCAGAGUCAACCUUGCGAGGGCGCUUUCGUACCUUGACGAAGGCCAAGGAGCAAAGAGUUCGAAAGCCAAAGUGGCAGGAGAAGGAUGUGAGUUUUAAUUUUCGAUUGCCCUACUGCAACUUUGACCUACUUAUCAAGAUCCAUACCGAGAAGACAACCUCUGAGUCCUACCCAGAACCCGCUCCUCUUCCCCCGUGGUCCCACUCAAAACCCAGUGAUUCCAACGAGCACCCUGGACAUACACUGGGUGCAUCCUCAACACAGAGCCAUCCCGACUCUGUGCCCAACAAUCAGUUAGGCCAAAUCCCUACCCAGCCUCCCAAAGUAUCGUGGAAGAAGGUUUCGGAAUACAUCUUCGCGCAUGGUGGAUCAUACGAGUUUGGAAAUGCUACAUGUAAGAAAAAGUGGUGUGAGAUUCAUGGUAUCUCAAUUUGA